AUGCCAGGUUCACUUGCAGAUUAUUUAGCGAAGAACUACCUCACAGCCGAUCCGGCCACCGAGCGGCCAAAGAAGAAGCGCAAGAAGACCAAAGCCGUCGACACUUCAGGCUCUGGUCUGAUCAUCGCCGACGAUGAUCCCCCAGAUAUCCGCGCCUCAUUAGGCAACCAGCGUCAAGACGAUGAAGACAGCCCAUAUAUCGAUACCUCUGCCAAGACUGCCGAGUUCCGCCGAGCUAAAAAAUCAGGUUGGAAGAAUAUUGGAGGACCCGCACCCAGCCAGGCGAACGAACAAGAUGCCGCAGACGCGAUCCUCGCCUCAGCAGCGGCCGAGCGAGCGGCCGAGCAGAACCAAGAUGAUGGCGACGACCCAAUGAUUGACGACAACGAUGACGGAGCAGGAAGAAUGGAGUCCGGCGCACGCGGUGGUCUUCAAACAGCCGACCAGACCGCGGCGAUGGUAAAAGCGCAAGAAAAGCGCCGCAAAGCCGAAGAAGCACUCUACCGCGACCCGUCUGCUGCGAACGAAAAGUCCCAAGAAACCAUCUACCGAGACGCCUCCGGGCGCAUCAUCAAUGUAGCCAUGAAACGCGCGGAAGCCCGACGGGCGGAAGAAGAGAAACGCGAAAAGGAAGAACAAGCGCGCGAGGCCCAAAUGGGUGAUGUACAGCGGCAGCAACGCGCGGAUCGGAAACAAGAAUUACAAAACGCCAAGGGAAUGACUCUUGGGCGGACGAUCGACGACGAGGAUAUGAACGACGAGAUGAAGGCCCAGGGCCGGUGGAAUGAUCCUGCGGCGCAGUUCCUGACUGAGAGUCGGGAUGCUGGGGCUAGUGUUACAGGCAAGCCUCUGUACCGUGGAUCGUUCCAGCCGAAUCGGUAUAAUAUUCGCCCUGGGCAUCGCUGGGAUGGGGUGGAUCGCGCGAAUGGGUUUGAGAAGGAUUGGUUCGCCGCGCGGAAUAAGAAGAGCCGGUAUGAGGCGCUGGAUUAUCAGUGGCAGAUGGACGAGUAG